AUGGGUCUCGUCUCCUCCACCCCGGCGGCUGCUGCGGCUGCGGCUGCUCCCCAGAACGACACGGUUGUGUCCUCGCCUCGCCCAGGCGGCCCCAAGGGAACAGACGCCACGUUCAAGGUGGACGACCUGCUGCGCUUCACCGAGCGCCAGGUGGUGUUUGACGAGGACGCGCCGCCGGUGGUGCGGGAGGAGCUCGAGGGAGUCGACGGCGCGUUUCUGCUCCACAACGUGCUCACCCCCGCCGAGUGCCAGCAGUACAUCGACAUAUCCCUCUCCAUGGGCUACGAGCCUUCGCCCCUGACGGUGUUGGGCGGCGACUACAAGACGAGCCAACGCAACGAAAGGACGAAGCAGAUACGAGACAGCUGGCGGGUGCUGUGGGAUACGCACGCCUUGGACUGCGACGUCGUCAACAAGCGCGUGGUCGACCACCUCCCCCAGCAAGUCACCGUGUUCGGGGGUGAGGAGUGGAACUUGAAGCGAGAGGGUCCUGUUAACGAGCGGUGGCGCUUCAACAAGUACGACGUUGGGCAGAAGUUCGGGCCUCACUUCGACGCCGGUUUCAUGCGCAACAUCAACGAGCAAACGCUGUUGACGUUCAUUGUGUAUCUCAACGAGGGCUUCGAGGGCGGAGAGACGGUCUUCUUCCCGGGCGGCAUCACGGGCACAAACCCGCCGCGACGGGAGGAGGUGCGGGUGGUGCCCAAGACCGGGAUGGCGCUCGUGUUCUUCCAGGCCGGACAACUCAACCACCGACACGAGGGAGCUCCCCACACAUCAGAGGAUGUGCAAAAGUUCAUCCUUCGCUCCGACAUCGCGUACCAACGCGCCAAGCCCAUGUAA